CCGGUCCUCAGAAGCUGCACGUUGCUAACAGACGUUGAUGCAGAUUUUAUACCGAAUGUAAUGUGUUUAAGAGACUUUUAAAACACAUACAAAGAGUUAGUUUAUCCUUGGAGGGUGAUUUAUCCGUGCUUUUAUCCGUUACACCGUGUUUUUGUUGCCUCCCGUUCUUUGUUCGUAGCUUUUUAUACCACGUGGCUGAUCGGUAAACAUAAGUAAAGGGAGAUUAGUGUGUUUAACGGCAGUGUUUUAUCAAGGAGAAGAAAGACUGAAGAACCAGGACGAGGAGGAGAGAGAGAGACACAGCCGGAGAAGGAGCACUGAGAGCAGCAUGGAGGAGGACAAAGAGACCCCUGGAGCUCAGAGACACAGCUGGAGAAGGAGCUCUGAGAGAAACACGGAGGAGAACAAAAAGACCCCUGGAGCUCAGAAACCGAAAGGAAGAGAGAGACGUCACAGCUGUCAGCAAUGUGACAAAUCCUUUACAUCAUCUAGAGAUUUAAAGAGCCACCUGCGUAUUCACACUGAAGAAAAACCGUACAGCUGUAAAGAGUGUGGACAAACGUUCACUCAAUCACAUCAUCUCAAAACACAUCAUCGUAUUCACACUGGAGAAAAACCAUACUCGUGUGUAGAGUGUGGGAAAACAUUCACUACAUCAAGUGAUCUCAAAUCACAUCAACGUGUUCAUACUGGAGAAAAACCGUACUCGUGUGAAGAGUGUGGGAAAACAUUCACGACAUCAGGUAAUCUCAAAAAACAUCAACGUGUUCAUACUGGAGAAAAACCGUACUGGUGUGAAGAGUGUGGGAAAACGUUCAAUAGAUCAGAUGCUCUCAAAUCACAUCAACGUAUUCACACUGGAGAGAAACCAUACAGCUGUGAAGAGUGUGGGAAAAUGUUCACUACAUCAGGUAAUCUCAAAAAACAUCAACGUGUUCACACUGGAGAAAAACCAUACAGCUGUGAAGAGUGUGGGAAAAUGUUCACUACAUCAGGUAAUCUCAAAAAACAUCAACGUGUUCACACUGGAGAGAAACCAUAGUGGUCUUAAGAGUGUGGGAAAACGUUUUCUCAAAGUAUUCACCUUAAUGUCCACGAGCGAAUCCAUUCUGCAUAAUUUUGAACAACUAUGAGAUCCAUGCUAGCUGUUUCCUCCUCCCGAUGUCCUGAGAGCUGUAGUUAUAUUUUAAGAGUCUUUCUGAAUUGAAGUCUGACUAACAGACUUCAAUUCACAGUCAGUCUUGUUUGAUGUCCCAGGACAAGCCCUGAGGUCCUCCUCAGCUUUUUAAAUAUCCCUAAAUUCCCCAAAAUAAAAUGGGUGAGGCUUUUCUCCACUACGCUCCCAAACUGUGGAACACCAGGAAAUAUCAGAGAGGCUCAGUGGACAUUUUUAAAUGCCAGCUAAAGACACAUCUCUUUAGAUUAGCAACCCCCCACUUUAAAUGGUGUUUUAGUCUUUAUUAUUUACCUACUUUUAUAUUGUUUUAUUUAUGAUAUAGGAAGGGUUUUAUCUUAUAUUAGUUAUUUAACAGUUUCAAUAACAACAUUUAUUUUAACGUUGGUUUCUUUAUAUUUUAAUCGUUUAACCUUUAUUAGAAUUAUGACGUUUUUAUUACUCUACAUUAUUAGUUUUUAUUUCUGUUGUACCUAUAUGUUCACUUUACUUUAUAGGGUUUUAUAUUGUUGAAUCUAUUCACCUGUCUUGUGUCUUAUCUUUCCGAGAUGAAUCAUCAUUUUUUUUACUGUAUUUCAUUUGUUAUUGUCAUACCUUUUACCUCCUUGUGUAUCUUAACCUGUUACAAUGUUAUAUUUUGCUGCACAACAUUUUUUUCCGAGUAGUUUCUCCAAUAAUCUGUUUGGUUAAUAAAAUGUUGUGACUUUAAACUUCUAUUGGGAUGUUUUUGAUAGUUCCUGUUGAGUUAGCAGUCUGUUCUGGGUUGCAGUCGAAUUGUCCAAAAAUCAGCUCCUAUCGUCUUUUCCUAUCCACUAUUCCCGGGGUUAAUGCCUUUACUUAUGUUUACCGAUC